AUGGGGCAGUUUGCAUCCAGACGUAAUGCGCUGGUCAGAAGCGUCUACUUCUCGACAAAUGAAGAGGGGCCGCCCAGAUACUCGUCACAUCAUUUUGAUGGCAGCACCAUGCGAGGCCGUAACCUACAAAUCCCUCCCACCAUCAUCGUCUCAGAUGAGGAAUUAAGCACGUCAGAGCACCAUGGCUCGAGAGCAGAGCUGCGCAGAUCCUCCGUCUAUAGCACCAUGGACCUGGUGCCCCAGUUGGGGAAUUACGCCAACUCGUUGCCUCAUCAGACAAUGAAGAGCAGGCCCUCUCUUGAAACUCUACGCAAAACAUCUGAGGUAGCACAGGUGGGAAUUGAUGGAGGCACCACAUCAGACUCAGGGAGCCAGCCAGAGCCAGAUGUUGAAAGUGUCGAGUCUCAUGGCGCUUCAGAAAAGGCUCCCGUUAGAUUUGGCUGGAUAGUUGGAGUCAUGGUUCGUUGCAUGCUGAAUAUUUGGGGGGUCAUCCUGUUCCUCCGCUUGUCGUGGAUCACGUCCCAAGCAGGCAUUGUGUUGACUUGUGUUAUCAUCCUGAUGUCUGUGGUGGUGACCACAGUGACUGCUCUCUCCAUUUCUGCCAUUGCCACCAACGGGAGGGUGGUCUCAGGUGGUGCAUACUUCAUGAUCUCCCGCUCUCUGGGUCCUGAGAUUGGAGGGCCCAUUGGCAUGGUCUUCUCCUUUGCCAAUGCACUGGCGUGUGCACUCAAUACUGUUGGUUUUGCAGAGGUGGUCCGUGAUCUGCUGCAGGAGUUUAACGCUGUCAUGACUGAUGCAGUAAAUGAUGUCCGCAUUGUGGGUGUGAUCACUGUGACGGUUCUCCUGUUCAUUACACUGGCUGGAAUGGAGUGGGAGUCUAAGGCUCAGAUUUUGUUUUUCUUAGUUCUUUUGAUCUCCCUUGCAAGCUACUUCGCAGGAACGAUAAUUCCUCCUCCUCCUGAGAAACAGGCAGUCGGCCUCUUUGGCUACCAAGGUGACAUCUUUGUAGAGAAUCUAACACCAAACUGGAGAGGCUCUGAGGGGAGUUUUUUCCAGAUGUUUGCCAUUUUUUUCCCGGCUACCACUGGCAUUCUGUCUGGAGCAAACAUCUCUGGAGACCUUAAAGACCCUGCUACUGCUAUCCCCAAAGGCACCUUGAUGGCCAUUUUCUGGACAACAAUCACCUACCUGUUGAUAUCAGUAACAGCCGGGGCUUGUGUAGUGCGGGAUGCUUCUGGCAAUAUGAGUGACAUCAUUGUUGGAAACAGCACAGAAGGCUGUGUGGGACUUGCAUGUAAACUAGGCUGGAAUUUCACAAACUGCAUCGAGUCACAGUCCUGUCGGUAUGGGCUAUCCAACAGUGUAAAGGUAUUGGGGCAACUUUCUGGGUUCUACUACCUCAUCACCGCUGGUGUCUUCGCAGCCAGUUUGUCCUCUGCUCUUGGAUUUCUGGUUUCAGCACCAAAAGUCUUUCAGUGCUUGUGCAAGGACAACAUCUACCCAUACAUUAUAUACUUUGCGAAGGGUUAUGGGAAAAACAGCGAACCACUCCGGGCCUAUUUGCUCUGCUAUCUGAUAUCUGUAGCCUUCAUUCUCAUUGCGGAGUUGAACACCAUUGCUGCCCUGAUCUCCAACUUCUUUUUGUGUUCCUACUGUCUGAUCAACUUCAGCUGCUUUCAUGCUUCAAUCACCAAUUCCCCAGGGUGGAGGCCGUCGUUUCACUAUUACAGUAAGUGGGCGGCUCUGUUUGGGGCGAUGGUCGCUGCUGUUCUGAUGUUCUUGUUCACUUGGUGGGCAGCUCUGGUAACCUGGUGCAUCAUACUCUUCCUCUUUGGAUACGUCAACUACAACAAACCCAAGGUAAACUGGGGUUCUUCAGUUCAAGCAGGAACGUACAACAUGGCCUUGUCAUAUUCUGUCUCUCUGACUGGUGUGGAGGAUCAUGUCAAGAAUUUCAGGCCACAAUGCCUUGUUCUGACUGGGUCUCCAAACCAGCGGCCUGCACUGGUGGACUUUGUCGCCUGCUUCACUAAACAAAUCAGCCUGAUGAUCUGUGGAGACAUUUUAUUAGAGCCGGAGAGAAGAUCACGGUCUCAGGAUGGGACAGACAUCUUGGUGAAGUGGAUGAACAAGAGGAAGGUUCGAUCAUUUUACACUCCUUUUACCGCUGACAGCAUCAGAGAAGGAGCUAAACACUUGUUACAGGCCACAGGUCUUGGCAAGCUGAAACCCAACACUCUGGUUUUGGGUUUCAAGUCCAACUGGAGGGAGAGCACUCCUGGAAGUAUUGAAGACUACAUCAAAACAAUUUAUGACACAUUUGACUCUAACUACUGUUUGUGCAUCCUGAGGAUGAUGGAUGGUCUGGAUAUCUCUGAUGAUUUGGAAUCUGAAGUAAACCAGGGCUUUGAGCCCGAUGAGCCUGCAGAACAUCAUGACCAACAACCAAAUGAGGAUGAAGCUGCCGAUGACGUGUCUGAUGAAGACAACAGUGAUCAGAUCAAGACGGUGUUUCAAAACAGCCAGGGGAAGAAAACUAUCGAUGUCUACUGGAUUGCAGAUGACGGAGGUCUGACGUUACUGGUGCCGUAUCUGUUCACCAGGAGAAGACGCUGGCGAAGGUGUAAGGUCAGAGUUUUCAUCGUGGGAGAUGAACAUAACAUGGAAGAGGGACGCAAUGAGAUGAUUGCUCUGCUGAAGAGGUUUCGCCUGGAUGUUCAUGACGUCAUAGUUAUGACAGACAUAGACAAACGUCCUCAUCCUAAAAGCUUGAGCAGGUUUGAGGAGAAUGUCGCCCCCUUCAGGCUGUUUGAUGAGCAGCAGGAAGGCGUCUCCAUGCAGGAACUGAGACAGAAAGCUCCUUGGAAUAUAUCUGAUAAAGAGUAUGAAGCCUUCAAGCUAAAGUCUGAAAGUAAAGUGAGGCUGAACGAAAUCAUCCGAAAGAAUUCCCAACAUACUGCUCUAGUUCUUGUGAGCCUUCCGGUUCCACAAAGUGACUGUCCCAGUGCUCUGUACAUGGCCUGGCUGGACACCCUGACCUGUGGCCUCCACUGUCCUGCGGUAUUAAUACGAGGAAACCAACAGAACGUCCUCACGUUCUACUGCCAGUAGAUGAUCUUUAGAAAGGUGGAGGGGACUACAUAAGUUAAAACACUGAAUUUAAUGGUUAUUAGGAAUGGUGGAGAGAUGGGAUAAUCCAAACAAAGGCUGUGAAUUUAAUACAAGCUGUAAACAAGAGUAAAAUAAGCGACCACGUACUUGUGCCGCUGUCAAAAUGUUAAUUUUGAAAUGAGGCAUUUUCGUCUUCCAUGUUAACGCAUCUCCAUUUUCCAAAAUCUGACAGGAGAAACGGGAAAGAAAAUGCAUUAGCAUAAAUACAAAGUGAUUACAGAUUGGGGUUAUUUAAUCCUGGUCUCUGCAUGUUUUAACUCCAAAACACCCACACCCUUCGCUGACUGAUCGACCUCUUCAGCAUGCCCUCGGUUUUUCAGAAGCCUAUUAAUCACUGGUUGGGAAUCAUAGAAGGGACAUAUAGAAACAUGGCCGCAGUGGCCCUUGAGGACCAGGAUUGAGGACAAAGUCCUGCUCAGGAGAUUUCUUACAAAGAAUAAAUGGUCAAACAUAUUUUCAGCGUUUAGCUUUUUCAAAGAUUAAAUCAAAGCAUUUGCAUUAAGUUUAACCUCUGUGGGUAGGAGACUGCAUUAACUAAAAAUAUACAGCACAUUCCAACCAAUCUAAUUGUGUGAAGCUGUGGGUAGUCAUUAGAUUAUUCCUCCUCCCCAAUUAUCCCAUCAUGUUACCAGAAUAGCUUUCCACAAAGAGUAAUGCCAGCCUACA